AUGACUGGCAAAGAAAAAUUACCACCUCGAUACAACAACCUCAAUUCCAACGAGAAACCCCCAGCUUAUUCCAAUGUGAAGAAGCUCGACAAGAAGGAAGAUAUCAUGGAAAAGUCCGAACUUUCGGACCAGAGAUUUCGUCCCUUCAUUGAUAUUCUUGGAGCACACCCCCAAGAAUUUCAGGACAUUAGAUACACCAGGAACUUGAAGCCCAAGCUAGUUCCCAAGGGGUAUGGCCUUACACGGAUACCCACCGUGCCUGAUGCUGUUGCUCACUUGAAGCUCCUUAGAGCGUUCGCUGAGUACAAGAAGAAGCUAUUGGAACACCUCUCUGACCCCGAACAAGAAGAUUUGGCCGUUAAAACCUGGCAAGUAUUUGUCACUCAAUCAGUCAAGAGAUUCAUCUUAUUCGUCAUGGGUUGCAGAGACGAAAUCAAAGGUGCAAGUGUGAAGCCAAUCGACGAGAACAUGAUGUACCGUGAAGGACUCAAGAAAGAAAAGAAAGUGAUUGAUUUUCUUGAUAGUCUCUUGCCUCCUUUAGACGUUUUGAUGGUUUGGCAUUCCUUCUUGCUCAACCCCAAGGCCUUCUAUGAUACAUUUGCUCGGGAAGAUUUUCUUCUCUUUGCCAACUACCCUUUGCCCUUGAAGCGGAUCCAAGAACUGAUUGACAAUGAUACCUUUGAGUACAAGCCUGAAAAGAGGUACAAAGAUUCCUGGAAGAAGAUUAUGUUGAAGAAUAGCAAUGACGAAGGCGACCUUGAUUACACCUUGAGCUUUUCUGCUACCGACCCAACUGUGUCCGUUUAUUGCCCUCUGUGUUCCCUGAAGAUCUUGGAAAAUGUGCCUUAUACCAAUGCAGAGAAAACAGGAUUUGCUGACAAGGAUUUCAGCAUGGAAAUCAAUGUUGCUAAUCAUGGCUGCGAAUGUGGUUUUACUGAUGUUGUCACCCACGAUCAGCUUCGUUGCAGACUGCUUGUUGCCGAUCUUUCAAGCUCUUUGCCCUUGCAUGGCAUUUACAGGUACUACUCCAAGCUAAUUUCACCCAAAGAAUUAUUGAAAAGCAGACCUUUGGAAAUUAGCCAUUCAAUCAAGUCACCACUUGCAGCAGAAGAUUAUCAGAAUGCGUUGAGGAUGGUCCCCUUGGCUACCAGCAUCUUCUACAUCUUGCUCCGAAGCUUCAAUCGUAUGAAGAGCAGAAUUAUCUUGCGUGAAUAUUUGUCUAUGAAUCCAGUUCAUGCCCUCAUCAAACUGCCAAUUAGGAUUUGCGAAGACUUGGUGGGAUGUGUUUUGAGACAAGAAAGAUUCAUCGAGAAGAUGACGGAUUUGGAUUGGUUGCAUUCGCCAUUCAUUGAGGGAAACAUGAAAGAGUCGCAGCUCAGAUACUCGAGAUUUUUCAAGUUGGUGACCCAUUACAACUAUAAGACCAUGAUGGUACCAACAUUAGACAUUGAUUUAUUCUGGCACACCCACAUGUUGUCCAUGGCCAACUAUUUUGCCGAUUGUCUCCAGUCUAAAAAAGGGUAUGUCAUUGAUCACAAUGACAAGGUUGAAGAGGGUCGGUUGAACGACUGUUUCAAAACAACCUCCAAGGCUUACCGCGACCAUUUCAAGGAAGAAUACUCCUUAUGUUACUGCCAGUACUGCCUGGGAAUUAGAAUCUCGUCCAGAAGUUGGUUCAGUCGCUCUCCAGGAAAAGUAAACGAACAGAAGGUGUUCAAAGGGGCUGGAUCCGUUGACUUUGGCUUCACCCAUGUCAGCAUGCAUAAUUCGAUCAAGUUUCCAAGCGUCAGAGCAGAAUAUUUGGUACGUCGGAUAAUGAAAAUGAGACGUGGCGUGCCUUGGGAAGACAAGACCAGCUCCCAGUACAACAGACACAAUGGGAUGUUCAUCGUUUCUCCUAUUAUUCCUUUCACCGAUACAACCUCCUCGUUCUACGCUGCUCAGGUCGGGACUGUCUCCCAGAAGACCGACCAGCUCGUUGGCGAGUCAAAGGUGCUAGUCACCCAUCAUGACUCUGACUGCAAAUUCGCAGUAGAUGAUGGCGAGGAAGGAAACGCCACCGACCACUUGCACUACCGAAAAGCCUCCAGACAAAGAAGAUCCGCCCCAGCUCCAAGAGCCCAGACCAGAUCGGCCCACACUGCCGCUGCUCCUGCCGCCCACGCCCCAAACUACCCAUCAGCACAUCCUAGCACCGCUGCUCGCCCAGUGCAGACCCAGUCCCAAGGACCAGGUUUGUUUGGCCAAAUGGCCUCCACUGCCGCUGGUGUCGCCGUUGGUUCCACCAUCGGCCACACUUUGGGUGCUGGUAUCACCUCCAUGUUCGGAGGCUCGUCCUCUGCUGCCCCAGUUGAGCAGCAACAAGUGCAACAACAGCAAAACAACCAAGAGCCAGUCAGAUGUGACGCUGACGCUCGUUCUUUCACCAGAUGUUUGGAAGAAAACAACGGCAACAUGCAAAUCUGUGACUUCUACUUGCAACAGUUGAAGGCCUGUCAAGAGGCUGCCAGACACUACUAG